GACACGUGUACGGCGGAAGUGGAAUCUGCUCGCCGCACUUCCUAGACACGCAUCAGCCGGUCGUUCAGCCAGCUCUGUGCCUGACUCGCAGGGGUCGAUGCUCAUUCAUUGAGUGCAGCUCUCUCUUAUCUGCGCGGUUUGUGAUUGUAGCUCUGCUGCACAGGCUGAAGAAGAUCCCGCGCGCGGUGCACAGGUGGAGAGAGAUGAUGAAGCCGCAGGUUGUGUUUGUCUUGGGCGGGCCAGGCGCGGGGAAAGGGACACAAUGCGCGAGAAUCGUGGCGAACUACAGCUACACUCACCUGUCUGCCGGAGACCUGCUGAGAGAGGAGCGCAGCCGCAAGGGCUCCGAGUUCGGUCAGCUCAUUGACACCUACAUCAAAGAGGGCAAGAUAGUUCCGGUUGAAAUCACCAUCAACUUGCUGAAAAAGGCAAUGGAAGAGACCAUGAAAGCCGAUGAAAAGAAGUUCCGCUUUCUUAUCGAUGGUUUCCCGCGUAACCAAGACAACCUGCAGGGAUGGAACACUGUCAUGGAUGGAAAGGCAGAUGUCAAGUUUGUUCUUUUCUUUGACUGCAGUAAUGAGGUGUGCAUUGACAGAUGUUUAGAGCGGGGCAAGAGCAGCGGACGCACUGAUGAUAACAGAGAAAGUCUAGAGAAAAGGAUCCAGACGUACCUGCAGUCCACACGGCCCAUUAUAGAGCAGUACGAGAAGCAGGGGAAGGUGUGCACGAUUGAUGCCUCCCGAUCAGUGGAUGAGGUGUUUGCAGAUGUGAAGAACAUUCUGGAUAAAGAAGGCUAAACAUCCACAGCAAAAAAAACUAAUUCUGGAAAAUUAAGGUGUCUUUUUGUUCUCGGCAGUGCUAUGCCUUCUUCAUGUAUCAAUAUCUACAUUUUUAAAAUGUUUUUUUUUUUUUUUUUUUUUUUUUUUUUUUUUAAGAGACGUGAGAGAGUGUGUGCUCAUAUCUAUGUUUGUAAGUCUAAAAGGAAAACACUUUUGUUGAGCAAACGAUCCAUGCUUGCUCAAUAUUAGACUGAAGAGGAACAAUGUUUCAGUAGAGAAUCAAGCAAGUUUGAGCAAUAAUGUUCAGGACACUUUUAUAGGGACAGAACAUGCACAUGCAUUCAAGAUAGUCUCAUGUGUCAGAAAUGUUUCGAAACGUCCACCAUUCAGUGUAUAAAACAAAUAAGCCAAGAAUAGAAAUAAGCCAAGAAUAGGUUGUAAAUCUCUGUUUCAUUCAACCGUUUCGUUCUCUAAACUAAUGAGGGAUUCUAAAUGACCAACAGGAAGUAAGAGUAUCUGAGUAGAUUUCCAGACCUGUUUGUGUUAUAUUUGGUGACAUGUUUCUCGUUGUUUUGUACAGUAAUCCACAGCAGGUUCUGAGGACUGUUUGCUGGGCACCCAAUAGAGAGCUGAGUUUUAGCUGUACGUUUUUCUUUUAUCAUAUUGUGACUGCUGUGUUCCAAACACGUGCCGUCUUUGCUCAGGCAGUAGAUUUUAAGAUGGGGGGGAACGGGGGCUCAUGCUUUUAUUUGAUUGUCUCAGCGUCUUUGGGGUUGUUUGUGAAUAAACCAAAUUUGUCGUAUUGAUGGGACGGUCCAGUAAAUAACACAAAACAAUAAAUGAAAUAUUAAGGAUGACAGAACCCUCUGAAAAAAAUAAAUGUUAUGAUAUCAAAUGUCUUCUGACUCCAGUCUAAUGCUCAGUUUUCAUUUUGUAACUUUUUUUUUAUAUCAGCUAUUCAAAGAUGUUCACUACAGGAGAAGAAUAAACACCUUCUUGAUUUAAAUGUUAGUUUCACAUAUAUAUGGCAGACACUAUUAUAUGCAUCUGCGAAAUUAUUCAUGAAAUAAAUUGAAAAUGUAAAAAAGAA